AUGUUUAGACAAUUAGUCUUUUUAGCCACAGUUUUGGCUGUUGCCAUGGCUGGAGGUUCAGUUCCACAAAUCCCAACACCAACUCAAUAUUAUAUGUCUGGUACUUUCGAUAUUCCAUACUUUAAUAUUACAGAACCAAUCGAAUUGAUUUACGAUGCUGUCAACAACCGUCAAUACAUCAGCUAUUACAAUGGUUUGGAUAUCACUUUGAAUUUCUUUGACCAAGACAUCUCCUACGCCAUUGGUCCACGUGUCAACACUCAAAUCUGUCAAUCGAUCCCGGGUAACGGAUCAUUGGUUCAAGUCCUCCCAUCGGAGCCAUCCACCUGGACCUACAACGGUACCUCAACCAUCAACGGUGUCGACGUCUUCUCAUACUCACAAAAGGUUGUCAACUACGGAGUUGCCGCCUACUACACUUUCUACAUGGAUGCCAACGGUGUUCCAGUGCAAUUCUACUUGGACGGUGUCGAUUUCAUUUUCGACUCUCACCCAGAUAUCUACAUUUUGAACUUCAACACUUUCACCACCGACAUCUCGCCAUACGAAGAUCUCUUCAAUAUUCCAGCCAUCUGCAAUAAGGCCGAGCAAUCCACCAAGCCAGUCCAAGCAUUCGACGGUAUCUUCAACCAAAUCGCCAACGACAUCUACAACAAGGACAAGAUGACCAAGGACGAAUUCGAGCAAUUCAAGACCACCUACGACAAGGUCUAUGCUCACGACGAAGAGCACUCUGAGCGUUUCGCCACCUACAAGCAAAACCGUGAGAUGAUCAUCGCUCACAACACCCAAGAAUCCUCAUACAAGCUCGCCAUGAACCACUUUGGUGAUAUGACCGCCGAGGAAUUCGAAUUGAAGAUCAAGCCACGUGUUCCACGUCCAGACACCAACGGUGCCCACGACGUUCACGACAACGACCGUACCAUCAACUUGCCAGCCACCGUCGAUUGGCGUCAACAAGGUUGUGUCACCCGUGUUAAGGAUCAAGGUGUUUGUGGUUCAUGUUGGACUUUCGGUUCAACUGGUUCACUCGAGGGUGUCAGCUGUCUCGCCACCGGUAAGCUCGUCUCGCUCUCCGAACAACAAUUGGUCGACUGUGCCUACCUCGGUCAAUCACAAGGUUGCAACGGUGGUUUCGCCUCCGAUGCCUUCCAAUACAUCAUGAACUUUGGUGGUAUCGCCUACGAAUCUACCUACCCAUACUUGAUGCAAAACGGUUACUGCAAGGACUCCUCCUCGCAAUUGUCCAACAUCAAGGUCAAGUCCUACGUCAAUGUCACCUCAUUCUCUGAGCCAGCCCUCCAGAAUGCCGUUGCCACCGUCGGUCCAGUUGCCAUCGCCAUCGAUGCCUCUGCCCCAGAUUUCCGUUUCUACUCAUCCGGUGUCUACUAUUCCUCCGUCUGCAAGAACGGUUUGGACGAUUUGGAUCACGAAGUUUUGGCAGUCGGUUACGGUACCUUGAACGGUGCUGACUACUGGAUCGUCAAGAACUCAUGGUCAACUCACUAUGGUGCUGAAGGUUACAUUUUAAUGUCAAGAAACCGUGGUAACAACUGUGGUGUCGCUUCUCAACCAACUUAUCCAGUUGUUUAA